AUGCAUCUCUCGUGUCUGCUGCUCCUCCUGUCUCUCGGGGCCCGCGCCGGGGCCUUCGACCUGGGCCAGACCACUCGCUGCGUCCCCGUGCCCGCACAGAUGAGCGUCUGCCAGGACGUCCCGUACUCGGAGAUGAGGUUACCCAACCUGCUGGGUCACACGAGCCUGGACGAAGCGGUCCCUCGCUCGGAGGACUGGAGGACGCUGCUCCACACCGGCUGCCAUCCACAGGCCCGGGCCUUCGUGUGCUCGCUCGUGGCCCCCGUCUGCCUCGACAGGUUCAUCCAGCCGUGUCGGAGUGUGUGUAUGGCGGUGAAGGAGAGCUGCGCUCCAGUGUUAGCCUGUCAGGGUCACGCGUGGCCGGAAGCGCUGGACUGCGAACGCUUCCCUGCGCAGGACGACACGUGUUUAACACCACUGCCCAAACACAUCAGUGCCUUCUCUAAAGAGUUCCCUCAGCCUGUGUGUCAAAGCUGCCCGUCUGUGGAGGAAGCGCCGUCUCUCAAAACCGUGCUGGACGCUCUCUGCCUCAGCCAAUUCGCUGUGAAGGUGAAGAUCUCGCGGCGCCGGUUCCCGUCCUCGGAGCCGGAGCUGACGGUGGAGGGCCCGGUGGAGUUCCUGCAGCGAGGGCCCCUGCUGCCCUACGACACGGCCAGUCUCCUGCAGCGCUGGCUCCUCAUCAACCUGCGCUGCGCACACACACUCGCCCGGCCCGGCCGAGCACAGCUGUACCUGCUGACCGGCACCAUGAGGCCCGGCGGGGCCAUCCAGAUCUCGGCGCUGUUCCCGGCCCUGAAGAAGGACCUGCACAUCACGGCCGCGGCGCGCAAGUGGAAGCACCACAAGUGCUGA